ACUAAUACAAAAAAAAUAAAAAAUAUUAACACCCCUGGUACAGUUUUAAAUUCCUCGCAUUUAAAAAGGGAACUAAGGUUGCAUCACGUAUAAAAGAGAGCUCUGCGAGGAACGGCAACAUGUUCACUUGGGUAAAUAAGGAACAGGGUGGAAGGAACAAGGAGGGAGACAUGUUUCAAACAGUGAUUGAAGGACUUCAGAAUCUUUAUACUAAAAAACUUCUGCCUUUGGAGGAGACCUACCUCUUCCAUGACUUCCACUCACCGGCGCUGGAGGAGGCGGACUUCCAGAGCAAGCCUAUGGUCCUUCUGGUCGGACAGUACUCCACAGGGAAGACCACUUUCAUCAGGUAUCUUCUGGAGCAAGAUUUUCCAGGAAUGCGAAUUGGCCCUGAACCAACCACGGAUGGAUUCAUAGCUGUGAUGUACAAUGAGAACGAGGGGAUUGUUCCUGGAAAUGCCUUGGUUGUGGACCCCAAGAAACCCUUCCGCAAGCUCAAUGCAUUUGGAAAUGCCUUCUUAAAUAGGUUCAUCUGCUCACAAAUGCCCAACCAAGUUCUGCAGAGCAUUAGCAUUAUUGACACUCCGGGGAUCUUGUCUGGCGAGAAGCAACGCAUAAGCAGAGGCUAUGAUUUCUCAGAGGUUCUGCGCUGGUUUGGAGAGCGAGUGGACCGUAUCAUUCUCCUCUUUGACGCCCAUAAGCUAGACAUAUCUGAUGAGUUUUCUGAAGCGAUCAAAGCUUUCCGUGGGCAGGAUGACAAAAUCCGUGUGGUGCUGAACAAGGCUGACCAGGUGGACACUCAGCAGAUGAUGCGAGUUUAUGGUGCGCUGAUGUGGUCGCUGGGGAAGGUGAUCAAUACUCCAGAGGUGGUGAGGGUCUAUCUCGGCUCUUUUUGGGCCAAACCUCUCCAAAAUGCAGAAAACCGGCGUCUGUUUGAAGCUGAAACACAAGAUCUCUUCAGAGACAUCCAGAGUUUGCCUCGCAACGCUGCCCUGCGUAAGCUGAAUGACCUCGUCAAAAGAGCUCGGCUUGCUAAGGUGCAUGCUUACAUCAUCAGCUACUUGAAGAAGGAAAUGCCUUCCCUGUUUGGAAAAGAGAAGAAAAAGGAAGAGCUGAUUGCCCACCUGCCUGAGAUCUAUCAGAUUCUGGAGAGAGAGUACCACAUCUCACCUGGAGAUUUCCCUAAAGUCACUAAAAUGCAGGAGCAACUGCAACACUACGACUUCAGCAAGUUCCCAUCUUUUAAGGUGAAGUUGAUUGAAUCUGUGGACAAAAUGUUGUCCACCAAGAUCUCAAGUCUGAUGAACAUGAUCCGAGAGGAAGAAAGCAAACAGCCUCCUCAGAUGGUAAUGGGUGGAGCAUUCGAGGACUCGUCCGAUGGGCCUUUUAACCACGGUUAUGGAGAGGGUAUCAGUGCAGGGGCCGAUACUGAGGACUGGAUCGUGAGUCGCGACAAACAUCGCUACGAUGAAAUCUUCUACACACUGAUGCCUAUGAAUGGGAAGGUAACUGGCAUCAAUGCCAAGAAGGAGAUGAUGAAUUCUCGUCUGCCCAACACUGUACUGGGAAAGAUCUGGAAGCUGGCAGACUGUGAUAAGGACGGCAUGCUGGAUGAUGAAGAAUUUGCUUUGGCUCAGCAUCUUAUUAAAGUCAAACUAGAGGGAUUUGAGCUUCCUACAGAGCUACCAAAUCACCUAGUGCCUCCAUCGCACAGGAAGAACCCCACUGCAGACAUCUUGUACAACAACCAGGAGGAUUGAUCAUCUUCAUAUCUUCAUAUUUAUCAGCCAGCUGCUAGCACAGAGUGGCCUUUGAAUACCGAAGUCUUGCCGAAGCCCAUGUAAUUGAUUACAUCUAAAUUUUGUCCCUGACCUUGUGUUAUUUCGACACGUGCUUGCAAAAUGUCAAAAUGGAUGGUAGUGCAGUUUUAGAUCAUUAUGCAAUGCUUUCAAUUUUAUAUUACAUUUCAUAAUAAAUAACAAUUUCAGUUAAGUAUGCAUAACAGCAGGCAAAAAAUAUACACACGAUCACAGAAGCAUCCAUUCAUUUCACUCAUUCUGACAGUGUGAAAUUAAUUAAACUAUUAAAUUAAUUUUGAAACACAAUAUAGUCUUUUUUCUAUGAAUGUACACUUUUCAUAUGAACUGCAUCAUAAUGCUGAAAUAGACUAUUUGUGAGCAUUUUUAAUGUGGGCAAAUUGAGAGCAGUUCUGUGCUUCAUGAUGCAAUUAAAAUUAUGUUCAAUACUACUUACAAAAAAUACUACAUACACUUUUCUUACACUGGGUGUUACAUUUUUUUGGAUCGAAUUAUGUGCCAUUGUUUAAAUGUACAAAUUUAUAACAGCAUUAUACUGAA